UUUGGGAGGAGAUUUUUUUGUUUUUCUUUUGGUUUCAUUUUCCCGUUGUUUGUACCAUCAUUUUUCCCCUUCGCUUUCUUCAUUGUCCGUUGGAACCAAACAGUUGAGUCUCUCUCUCUCUCUCUCUCUAUCUGUCUCACUCUCACUACCAGACACACUCAGUCUUCUCUCUAAACUCUCAUUCUCAUGUCCGCGUAACAUGAGCAGAAGCGGAAGCGGAAGCAGAACCAGAGUGUGGUUAUGAAUCCCAACACCACCACCGAACCAGCAGCACCAGCAGCAGCAGCACUACCACCGUUACCACCACAACCGAACAGGCCAUCUACCUCCUGCGACCGCCACCCAGAAGAGCAUUUUACCGGCUUCUGCCCCUCAUGCCUCUGCGAGCGCCUCGCCGUCCUCGAUCCCAAUUCCUCUUCCGCUUCAUCCUCUCGCAAACCACCCACCUCCUCGUCAUCCACCGCAGCUGCCCUUAAGGCCAUCUUCAAACCCUCCUCAUCCGGCGGCGGCGGUCCCCCCGGAAACAACCGGAACAGGAAUUCCAGUGCUGGGUCUUCUUUCUUUCCGGAGCUUCGGCGGACCAAGUCGUUCUCGGCAUCCAAGAACGAGGGGUUCUCUGGGGUGUUUGAGCCCCAGAGAAAGUCCUGUGACGUCAGGGUCCGGAACACGCUCUGGACCCUCUUCACUCUCGACGACGAGCGCAACCCGAAUAAGAAGAAGGACCAGCCUUCUACUUCCUCUACAUCUUCUGCUUGGCCUGCUCCGGACGUUGAGGUUGACACAAGGCAUUCGUUGCUAGCGUCUUCCAGCGUUCCACAAGGUCCCGUCUUGUUCGAGUCCAAAGAAGAGGAGGAGGACGAGGAGGAGGAGGAGGAGGAGGAGGAGGAGGAUGACGAUGACGACGAGAUUAGGGUUUCCCAGGAUUCAAGCAUUCCAAAUGUAGCCCUAGUCGAAGAAAGAGUUCAGGAAAUCGUAGAGGAGGAGGAGGAAGAGGAAGAGGAAGAGCCAGACCCAGAGCCAGAGCUAGAGUUAGAGCCAGACCCAGAACCAGAGGAGGAAACGAAAACGGAGGAGCUGAAGACCAUGAAGGACCACAUAGAUCUCGAUUCGCAAACGAAGAAACCUUCUGGGAGAGACUUCAAGGAAAUCGCCGGAAGCUUCUGGUCCGCCGCUUCGGUCUUCAGCAAGAAAUUGCAGAAGUGGAGGCAGAAGCAGAAGCUCAAGAAGCGCAGGAAUGGCGGUGGGUCCGCCACAUUGCCGGUGGAGAAGCCGAUUGGCAGGCAGUUCAGGGAAACCCAGUCCGAGAUCGCCGACUACGGCUUCGGCCGCCGGUCCUGCGACACCGAUCCGAGGUUCUCCCUUGACGCGGGUCGGAUAUCGUUCGAUGCAAGUCGGAUAUCGUUGGACGAUCCACGUUACUCCUUCGACGAGCCUCGGGCAUCUUGGGAUGGGUACUUGAUCGGCAGAACCUUCCCCAGAAUGCCCACAAUGGUCUCGGUGGUAGAGGACGCUCCGGUUCACGUUUUGAGGUCCGAUACGCAGAUUCCGGUGGAAGAAAAUGCGAUUAACGAGGACGAGACGUCGGUGCCGGGUGGGUCUGCGCAGACGAGGGACUAUUACUCAGAUUCAUCGUCGAGGCGGAGGAAGAGCCUUGACCGGUCCAACUCGAUUCGGAAGACUGCCGCGGCGGUGGUGGCGGAGAUCGACGAGUUGAAGUCGGUCUCGAAUGCAAAGGUGUCUCCGGCCACCACCACCGGUGAUUACUUCUUCCAAGGACCGAAACUGGUAGUCCCAGAUAGAGAGUCGAGGGACUCGAACUCGAAUUCUUUGCGGGACGAUUGCUCAGAGACCUUCGAAAUGGGGUUCAGAGACACAGCGUCUGUGGUGGGAAAUGGCGAGCGAAAGGGGUCGUCGAAGAAGUCCAGGCGGUGGAGCAAGGCGUGGAACAUUUGGGGUUUGAUAAACCGGCGAGCCGGGAACAACAAGGACGAGGACGAGGAUCACAGGUUCAGCAGACCCAAUGGGGUGGAGCGGUCGUUUUCGGAGUCAUGGCAAGAACUGAGAGGAGAACGCAAUGGGGACGCCAGAGGUGCUUUCAAUCGAAAGGUAUUUCGAAGCAAUAGCAGUGUGAGUUGGAGGAAUUCCAAUAACUUUGGUGGGUCUUUCGGUAGUGUGAGGAAGAAUGGUUUGGAGAUAAAUGGGAAUGGGAAUGGGAAUGGGAAUGGGAAUGGAAAUGGGAAUGGUAAAAAGAAGAGAGAUGAUCAGUUUGUGUUGGAGCGGAAUCGGAGUGCAAGGUAUUCGCCCAACAACAUCGAUAAUGGUCUGCUGCGUUUCUACUUGACGCCGAUGAGAAGCAGCUGGAGAAGCGGGUCGGGGAAGAGUAGGUCCAAUCACGCACAUUCUAUUGCCAGAAGCGUAUUGCGAUUGUACUGAAUUUUGAAGGUGUUACUUUGGUUUGACGAUAUGUUAAUUUUGCUGCAUUUCUUGUGUGUAAAACCACACAUGAUGCUUCUUAUGUAUUCUUCUUAAUGGUUGGUUGGUUGGUUGGUUGGGAUAAAAUCACCCUUUUGCAUUGUUCA